AUGUCAUCAGCAUCUCAGCGCCUGUCGGCAAUCGCUGGCCAGAUAAGCGGUGGCGGCGAGUCGGCUGCGAGAAAACGCCUGUUGGCAAAGAACCCAGAUGAUGUGGUGAUUACGUUCGCCGCCAGAACGCCUCUUACAAAAGCCAGAAAAGGAGGCUUGAAAGAUACACCUUUGGACGAGCUUUUGAUCUCCCUGCUAACCAAUGUCCGCGAAAAAUCAAAGAUCGACCCAAACCUCGUCGAAGAUGUUUGUGUCGGGAACACGCUCAACCCAGCCGGCGCCUAUGUCGCUCGCUCCUCUGUGCUUGCGGCCGGAUUCCCAGAGACGACAGCUGCAUCCGUGGUCAACCGCUUUUGCUCCUCUGGUUUGUUGGCUGUGCAACAAAUCGCCAAUCAGAUCAUCGCUGGCUCGAUCGACGUCGGCAUUGCCGUAGGCGCCGAGUCCAUGAGCACGAACCCCGAUCCCGGUGCUCCCACGUUCUCAGAAAAGGUCCUGAAUCACCACCUUGCUUCCCAGAACCAGCAGCCCAUGGGCCAGACCUCCGAGAACGUGGCGGGCCAGUUCAGCAUCUCCCGCGCUCGACAUGACGAGUUCGCAGCGGCUAGCUAUCAAAAGGCCGAACGGGCCCAGAAAGCAGGCUGGUUCGAUGAUGAGAUUGUCCCGGUCAAGACGACCAUCAAAGACCCCAAGACGGGCGAAGUCAAGGAAAUCGUCGUCUCGCGCGACGACGGUAUUCGGUACGGGACGACAGCGGAGAGUCUGUCCAAAAUCCGCUCUGCGUUCCCUCAAUGGCAACCCAGCCAUACAACGGGCGGAAACGCUUCUCAGAUCACGGACGGCGCUGCGGCGUUGGUCAUGAUGAAGCGUUCUCGAGCCGAGCAGCUUGGGCAACCCAUUGUAGCCAAGUUUGUUGGCGCUACAGUGAUUGGUCUUGAGCCGAGGAUCAUGGGUAUUGGGCCGAGCAUUGCUAUUCCUAAGAUCCUGUCCAAGACGGGCUUGAGUACUGACGAUGUUGAUAUUUUUGAAAUCAACGAGGCGUUUGCUUCGAUGGGUGUAUACUGUGUUCAAAAACUGAACCUUCCACCGGCCAAAGUUAAUCCUCGUGGUGGAGCCAUUGCAUUCGGCCAUCCCCUCGGCGCUACUGGAGCGCGCCAAGUCGUAACCGCGUUAUCUGAACUGCGGAGAACAAACAAGCGAAUUGCCGUGACAUCGAUGUGUGUGGGAACUGGCAUGGGCAUGGCUGGUGUUUUUGUUUCUGAGCAUUAG